AUGCAGCUCUGGUCUCACAAGGCGAAACAAGACGCCCUAAACCAAUCAGACGAAGAGCGGCGUCAGCAGCCCUCUUCCUUGCGCGAGAUGCUUGACAACAAGAACGUGCCCAAAACAGCUGGACAUGAGCCCGGGGAAUCCUCGGGUCCGAUACCAAUCAUUCUAUGCGGUAAGACAGAAGAGAUUGGUCGCGGGGUGAUUGAGGGCCUAAGCCGGAUUAUGAAGCCGGAAUUGGGCAGAUUCAUCCACUUCAUCACAUCUUCCGCCUCCGGAGCCGUCAUCAUUCCAGCCCUUUUGACGUCCAAAACCACCACACCGCCACCGCAGCACCCGGACACGAGCACAAUCGGCAGCGGGAACUACGCCUCCUCCCCGUGCGCCGUGGUCCUAGGCGGCGCAUUCGACGAGGAGGCGAUAAAGAUGCUCCAGAAAGCCGUCGCUGAGCAAGGGACUGCGUCGAGGAAGAUCCCGUGGCUUAGGCAUGACGGGAGUAAAGCCGCGCCGCCUCCGGGGCCCGAGUACGGCAAAGCCAUGGUCGCAAGGGUUAGAGAGAAGUUGGGGCUGUUGGAGGGGGAGGGGAAGCUGGAUGGGGAGUAUGGAGGUGACGAGUGGUAUUGA